CUCACUGGUGGAAGAGCUCCAAGAGAUCCUUGUCCUCAAUCAAAAGUUUCAUGUUUGGAUGAGGCUGUAAGGAUGACUUCUAGAAGAAAAGCAUGUUUUCCUGGCUUUCACUAGCUGUUUCCAUUACUAGGAGUAAAGACCAGUAAAGACAAAGCAGGAUGAAAAGAUGGCUGACUUCUUGUUACCACCGGGUACUAACAGCUUCCACCGGUUCACGCCCGAGUCCUUGGCUGCCAUCGAGAAGCGAAUUGCAGAGAAGCUGGCCAGGAAUGCCAAGCAGGAAUACAGAGAGCAGCUGGGCGAGGAAGAGAAGCCUCAGCCUCAGUUUGACUUGCAAGCUUGCAAGAAGCUGCCUGAUAUCUAUGGGACUGUUUCUCCAGAGCUCAUUGGGGAGCCCUUGGAGGACAUCGACCCUUUCUACAGUGAUCGCAAGACAUUUAUAGUACUGAACAAAGGGAAGACAAUCUUUCGAUUUAGUGCCACUCCUGCCUUGUACAUACUUAGUCCUUUCCAUCCAAUCAGAAGAGCAGCAAUUAAAAUUUUGGUACAUUCAUUGUUCAGUAUGUUUAUUAUGUGCACUAUUUUAACUAACUGUGUGUUCAUGGCACAAUCAGAGACUCCGUCAUGGAAUAAAUAUGUUGAGUACACUUUCACUGGCAUUUACACUUUUGAGUCAUUGAUAAAAAUAUUGGCAAGAGGAUUUUGCAUGACAGAAUUCACCUUCCUUCGGGAUCCAUGGAACUGGCUGGAUUUCAGUGUUAUUGUUAUGGCAUACAUAACUGAAUUUGUGGACCUGGGCAAUGUCUCAGCCUUACGAACGUUCAGAGUGCUGCGGGCGCUGAAAACAAUCUCAGUCAUUUCAGGGCUGAAGACCAUUGUAGGGGCACUUAUCCAGUCUGUUAAGAAACUUGCAGAUGUGAUGAUCCUGACCGUUUUCUGCUUGAGUGUCUUUGCCCUCAUAGGCCUCCAGCUCUUCAUGGGCAACCUGAGACAUAAAUGUGUCAGGGAUUACACCAUGUUUAACUUCACCAAUGGCUCCUUGUACUUGGAUGGUAGGACGUGGAACAACUCAGAGGAAUUUCUUAGUGAUCCAGUGAACUAUUUCAUAAAAAAUGGUACAGAAGAUGUGUUACUGUGUGGCAACAGCUCUGAUGCUGGCACGUGCCCUGAGGGAUAUAUAUGUCUGAAGGCUGGGGAAAAUCCUGACCAUGGUUACACAAGCUUUGAUACUUUUGGCUGGGCCUUUCUCUCCUUGUUCCGUCUUAUGACUCAAGAUUACUGGGAACGUCUUUACCAACAGACUCUCAGAUCUGCUGGGAAGAUCUACAUGCUUUUUUUCAUGCUGGUCAUCUUCCUGGGCUCAUUCUACCUGAUCAACCUGAUUCUGGCUGUUGUGGCCAUGGCAUAUGAGGAGCAGAACCAAGCCACUAUUGCUGAAACAGAGGAGAAAGAAAGAAAGUUUCGGGAAGCCAUGGAGAUGUUGAAGAAAGAGCAGGAGGCACUAGCAGCUAAAGGAAUUGAUUCAAUGUCACUCAGCUCAUUGGAAAUGUCACCUAAAAGUGCAAAAGAAAGAAGAAAUAAGAGGAAGAAAAAGAAAUCUUUGGGGGGAGAUGAGUAUGGGGAGGACCAAAGGAAUCCCAAGUGUGACUAUGAUGACGGUCAAAGGAGGAUGACUCUCCUUGGCAUUAGUUAUGGUCCCAGUGCAAACUUGGUGAAGCGCAGAACGAGCCACGGAAGCGUUUUCAGUUUCCGACUCCGUGGCAGAGACACUUGCUCCGAGACAGAUUUUGCCGAUGAUGAGAUCAGCAUCGCUGGCGAAAAUGAAAGCCACCGGGGCUCCCUCUUAAUUCCAAGAUCUGGGAGGCGUCCAAGCGUGCAAAGUCAAGUGAGCCAUAGUUCUCACCCUACUACUCCCAACUACACCCAGACGGGCAAAAGGAACAGCUCAGUGGAUUGCAAUGGUGUGGUUUCCCUGAUAGGAGGAGGAGGAGGCACCGGGGCACUCCACCCAGACCCUACUUCUCCUGCAGGGUUACUGCUCCCCCCAGUUAUUAUGGAAAAGCCUGGGACAGGCGACCUGACUUCCCCCUCGGACGAGGCAAGCAAGAAACAGCUUUUAAUGCCCCACCGGCCCUCAGUGGACCACUCAGAGGAGCCCUUUCAGAGGCAGAGGGCAGUGAGUGCUGUCAGCAUCAUCACCAGUGCCCUGGAAGAGCUUGAGGAAUCGCACCAGAAAUGUCCUCCCUGCUGGAACCACUUUGCUGUUAAAUUCCUCAUUUGGGAUUGCUGCCCACUUUGGCUUUUAAUCAAGAAAUUUGUCAAGUUUGUGGUCAUGGACCCGUUCACUGACCUCACCAUCACCCUGUGCAUUGUGCUGAACACGCUCUUCAUGGCCCUGGAGCACUACAAGAUGACCAAGGAGUUUGAGCACAUGCUCUACAUUGGCAAUUUGGUCUUCACUGGGAUUUUUACAGCAGAAAUGAUCUUCAAAGUAAUUGCCCUUGACCCCUACUACUAUUUCCAACAGGGCUGGAAUAUUUUUGACAGCAUAAUUGUUAUUCUAAGCCUGAUGGAACUGGGUUUGUCCAGCAUGGGAAACCUGUCUGUUUUACGCUCCUUUCGUCUGCUGAGAGUCUUCAAGUUGGCAAAGUCCUGGCCGACCUUAAACACGCUCAUUAAAAUAAUUGGAAACUCAGUGGGUGCCCUGGGUAACCUCACCCUCGUGCUGGCCAUCAUUGUCUUCAUCUUUGCCGUGGUAGGGAUGCAGCUUUUUGGGAAGAGCUACCUGGACAAUGUGAAGAAGAUAAGCACCACUGGCAACCUGCCACGGUGGCACAUGAACGAUUUCUUCCACUCGUUCCUCAUCAUCUUCCGAAUUUUGUGUGGAGAGUGGAUCGAGACCAUGUGGGACUGCAUGGAAGUAGCUGGGCAGCCACUGUGCCUUCUCGUCUUCUUGUUGGUCAUGGUGAUAGGAAACCUGGUGGUGCUCAACCUGUUCCUUGCCUUGCUGCUGAGCUCCUUCAGCGCCGACAACCUCUCUGCGCCGGACGAGGACGGCGAGAUGAACAACCUGCAGCUCGCGUUCGCCCGCAUCAACAGGGGCCUGCAGUACGCCAAAAAAGCCGCCUGGAACUUCUGCUGCCACGUCCUCAGGCACCCCAAGACCACGGCUGAGAAGAAGGCCAUGAUGAAACUCGCUGCCCAGAACCCAGGAGCCCUCAACAACUGUGUGAACAGCCAUGCCACCGCCGAGCUCAGCAAAGACAUGGAGAACCACAAGGAGAGCCGCGCCGAGGAUGCGGUCAAUAAAAACGGAGAGAAACAACCAGCAAUUACAGAUGAUGAUUUUAUGACCAAUCCUGAUCUGUCCAUUUGUGUUCCUAUUGCUGUGGGUGAGUCGGAUAUCGAGGAGGAGGAUGAGGAGCAGAGCACCUUUACGGAAAUGGAGCAGCAGGAAAAGCAGCUGCAGCUGAGGGGGCAGCGAUGCCAAAGCCCAGGCGUCCGGAGUCAGAACUCUGAGAUUUAUGAAGAGUUAAGUGAGUUGCACGUGGAUAAGCAGUUGAAGGCUGUGCCACCACCUCCAGUAGGGCAAAAAGAGCUUGAUGAAAUCAGUCUUUCUGAAGGCAGCACAGUGGAUUUGACAAAUCCUGCAGAACUGCUGGAGCAGAUCCCCGAGUUUGCUGAGGAGCUGAUGGAGCCUGAGGAUUGCUUCCCUGAAGUCUGUGUGAGAUUCUUCCCAUGCUGUUCAGUGGACAUCACAAAAUUUCCAGGCAAAAUUUGGUGGAGGCUGCGAAAGACCUGCUACAGAAUUGUGGAGCACAACUGGUUUGAAACAUUCAUCAUCUUCAUGAUCCUGCUGAGCAGUGGAGCCCUGGCCUUUGAAGAUAUUUACCUUGAAGAUCGAAAAAACAUAAAAACCAUGCUGGAAUAUGCUGACAAAGUAUUCACUUACAUCUUUGUCCUGGAGAUGCUCCUGAAGUGGGUGGCUUAUGGCUUCAAGAAGUAUUUCACCAAUGCCUGGUGCUGGCUGGAUUUCCUCAUUGUAGAUGUCUCUUUAAUCAGCCUGGUUGCCAACACUCUUGGAUACUCCGAGAUGGGUCCCAUCAAAUCUCUGCGGACCCUGCGUGCCCUGCGGCCCCUGAGAGCCCUGUCACGCUUUGAGGGGAUGAGGGUGGUGGUCAAUGCCCUUGUGGGAGCCAUCCCCUCCAUCAUGAAUGUUCUGCUCGUCUGCCUCAUCUUCUGGCUCAUCUUCAGCAUCAUGGGAGUGAACCUCUUUGCUGGGAAGUUUGGGAAGUGCAUUAAUAAGACAGAAGGAGAUAUGCCUUUGGACUCUAAAAUUAUUAACAACAUGAGUGACUGCAUCCUUUACAACGUGUCGGGCACGUUUUACUGGACAAAAGUUAAAGUUAACUUUGAUAAUGUUGGUGCUGGGUACCUGGCUCUGCUGCAAGUGGCCACAUUUAAAGGCUGGAUGGAUAUUAUGUAUGCAGCAGUGGAUUCAAGAGAGUGCGAGGAGCAGCCUGAGUGGGAAUGUAAUUUAUACAUGUAUCUUUACUUUGUGAUUUUCAUCAUCUUCGGCUCUUUCUUCACACUGAACCUCUUCAUUGGUGUCAUCAUUGACAAUUUUAACCAACAAAAGAAAAAGAUAAGUGGCCAGGAUAUCUUCAUGACAGAAGAACAGAAAAAAUAUUAUAAUGCAAUGAAAAAGUUGGGAUCUAAGAAACCUCAAAAGCCAAUUCCAAGGCCGCUGAACAAAUACCAAGGUUUUAUUUUCGAUGUCGUCUCAAAACAAGCCUUCGAUGUCUCCAUCAUGAUUCUCAUCUGCCUUAACAUGGUUACCAUGAUGGUGGAAACAGAUGACCAAAGUCAAGAAAAAGUGAACAUCCUCCACAAAAUCAACAUGCUUUUUGUUGCCAUCUUCACUGGGGAAUGCAUCUUCAAAAUGCUGGCUCUGCGGCACUACUACUUCACCAACGGCUGGAACAUUUUUGACUUUGUGGUUGUGAUUCUGUCCAUCGUAGGCACCGUACUUUCUGACAUCAUCCAGAAAUAUUUCUUCUCUCCCACACUCUUCAGAGUCAUUCGUUUGGCUCGGAUUGGCCGGAUCCUGCGACUCAUCCGGGGAGCCAAAGGAAUUCGAACUCUCCUGUUUGCCUUAAUGAUGUCCCUUCCUGCUCUGUUCAACAUUGGCCUCUUGCUGUUCCUGGUCAUGUUCAUUUAUGCCAUUUUUGGCAUGGCUAACUUUGCCUACGUGAAGAAGGAGUAUGGGAUUGAUGACAUGUUCAACUUCCAAACCUUUGCUAACAGCAUGCUCUGUCUCUUCCAAAUCACCACGUCAGCUGGCUGGGACGGUCUUCUCAACCCCAUUUUAAACACUGGACCACCGUAUUGUGACCCAAACCUUCCCAAUGCAAAUGGCUCAAAGGGAGACUGCGGGAGCCCUGCUGUAGGGAUUUUAUUCUUUGUCACAUAUAUCAUUAUAUCAUUUCUCAUUGUUGUAAACAUGUAUAUAGCCAUUAUUUUAGAGAACUUCAGUGUAGCCACUGAGGAAAGUACAGAGCCUCUAAGCGAGGAUGAUUUUGAUAUGUUCUAUGAAAUCUGGGAGAAGUUUGACCCUGAAGCCACUCAGUUUAUUGAGUAUUCUGCACUUUCAGACUUUGCAGACGCGUUGUCAGAACCUUUGCGCAUAGCGAAACCCAACAAAAUCAAACUCAUAGCGAUGGACCUGCCCAUGGUCAGCGGAGACAGGAUCCAUUGCUUGGAUAUUUUGUUUGCUUUUACAAAAAGGGUGCUAGGAGAAUCCGGGGAGAUGGAUGCCCUUAAAAUACAGAUGGAAGAGAAGUUCAUGGCAGCCAACCCCUCCAAGAUCUCCUACGAGCCGAUAACAACGACGCUCAGGCGGAAACAAGAAGAGGUCUCCGCCAUCGUCAUCCAGAGGGCCUACAGGAGACACUUGUUCCGGCGCUCCAUGAAGCAGGCAUCCUACCUGUACCGGCACAGAACUUUGGAGAGCAGCAGCAUCCUGGAGGACGAUGCGCCCGAGAAGGAGGGUCUCAUUGCAUUCAUGAUGAACGAAAACUACGGCAGGCCCAUAGACAAAUCAGAAACUCUGUCCUCCACCUCCUUCCCUCCGUCCUACGACAGCGUCACCCGAGGCACGAGUGAAAACCUCCAGCUGAAGAUAACGGAUGUGAGCAAAAGCGAUGAGGCUAUAGAUUGUCUUCUCUCACCCGACAAGGAUAAGGAAUCAAUUGUUUAAGUGUUUGUUUAGAAUGCUUUAAAACAUUGUUUACAGAAUGUAAUGCUGUAACUACACAACGAUUGAAGCAGCCUUCUUAUUAAAAAUUAGUUGCAAAAGAAAAAAA